AUUUAUGUGGGACUACCAUUUUUUAUUUAUUUAUUUAUUUUAUGUAUUACUUGAGCAAAUUUUAGCCCUUCUUUUAUUUUAAGAAAAUCAAUACAAGUGUUAAUCCACCACCAUCAAAUAGCGUUAUGGAAUUUAGGAGGGAAAUAGUUGGAGGAGAGGUCUUGAUUCUUGCUUGACCCGGUUCAUGUCUGUUUGGUUUUUCUCUUUCCUGCACUGCACAGGGUUUUGGUGAAUCGUUAGGGUUUUGGGCGAUGAUUUCGGUCCCGAGUCACAGGCCCACCACCGACUCCAUUCACUAUCGCCUCUUCGACUUCGCCAAGACAGCCCUUAUCAAAAUCUUCGUAUCCCCCUACGCCACUGUGUGUGAUUUGUACUGUGGAAGGGUCUCUGAGGCGGACAAGUGGGACGAAGCCCAAAUCGGUCACUACAUCGGCAUUGAUGUUGCGUCGUCAGGAGUAAGUGAAGUUCGAGAAGCUUGGGAGAGUCAGCGAAAGACCUACAGUUCAAAGUUCUUUGAACUUGAUCCUUCCAUUGAAAAUAUAGAAUUGCAUUUGAAGGAAAGGAAUACGGCCGAUAUUGUUUGCUGCUUGCAGCAUUUGCAGUUGUGUUUUGAAACUGAGGAGAGAGUGAGGAAACUUUUACAUAAUGUGUCAUCUUUGCUUAGACCGGGUGGAUACUUUUUCGGCAUUACCCCUGACUCAUCUACUAUCUGGGCGAAGUACCAGAAGAAUGUUGAAGCAUACCAUAACAAAAGCAGCAGCAUGAAGCCCAACAUCGUUCCCAAUUGCAUUAGAUCAGAAAGCUACAUGAUCACUUUUGAAGUAGAGGAAGAGAAGUUCCCAUUUUUUGGAAAAAAAUAUCAGUUGAAAUUUUCUAAUGACAUAUCUGCUGAAACACAUUGCCUGGUUCAUUUCCCAAGCUUGAUCAGGUUGGCCAGAGAGGCUGGUCUUGAUUAUGUGGAGAUUCAAAAUCUAACUGAAUUUUAUGAUGAUAACAGAGCACAAUUUGCAGGCAUGCUACUAGACGCUGGUCUAAAUCUUGUUGAUCCCAGGGGGAGACUUCUACCUAGAUCGUAUGAUGUAUUAGGUCUAUAUACCACAUUCAUUUUUCAGAAGCCUGACCCGGAUAUUUGCCCCCCACUCAUGACACCUUUGUUGCAAGAUGGAAGUCACAAUCAGGACGAGAUGGAGUGGCAAGGGACUGUCUGGAGAGACGAUGAGAAGAAUGGACAAACGGAUCCAUCUCAUGGACUAGGCAAAAUAAGUGAACAAAAAGGGAUUUUAGGUCCCGGCCCAGCAGAUUUGCGUUUCUCAGAAGCUCUGUGACCUGGUUUUAGUCGAAAGAAUAGGUGGAAAGUAGGUUGGGAAGAGAAAAAGCCCAUGGUACUUUGUCUAUCAGUGUAAACGAAUCAUAUCUUCUUUUAGUUGUAAGAGAGUAGAACAUGAUUAAUGUUAUUUUUAGCAUAGUUGUAUUUUUAAGAUAACACAAAUAACAUUUUUCCCUCCUUACCCGGGGAAAAAAUGCAUUUUUCCAUUGUAUAAUAUUUAAGAUUGUGAUAUUUUGUACAUUGAAACAAACUAUAUAUCAAUGGAGAAAUAGAAAGAUUGAUUGAAUUGUGGAAGAAA